AUGUCGAGCUAUAUACCCCAGCUGACUACGAACGAGAUCAAAGCGUACCCUCUGGCUUGCGAGUUAGAGUACCUCACACAGCAGGCUGUCGCUCACUGUGAUGCCGACGAUGGCGUGGUCGACGGUAUUAUCUCCAAUAUCGCGUCUUGCGACUUCGAUCCUUUUACACAGGUCGAUUCAAGUUUUCUAUGUUUCUCGACCGGAGACAAUAAGACUCUCACUGGCUAUUUCAACAGUCAUGGAGACCAUAUAUGGCCUGGAUGGAACUACGGUGCCAAUAUCACAGCCUUGGGCUACGCCCCGAACGAAACGAACGAGGCUGCGAAUGCUCAACGAACCCCUAACUGGUUGGUCCAGUACUAUCUUGAACGGAACGCAGACUUUGACAGCGCGACCAUCACGCAUGAGGGUUUUGAUAGCCAUUGGAAGCGGUUCAUCACAAUCUACGACGACACCAUCGGCACUAGUGACCCUGACCUGAGCGAUUUCAAAGCUACUGGCGGCAAGAUGAUUACUUGGCAUGGAACCGCCGACGAAGAUAUCCAGACAAAAUCCACCGAACGCUACUACCAAGAAGUCACCAAGCUAUUCCCAGAUGUUCAAGACUUUUACCGCUACUUUGAAUCGCCUGGGUCGGGACAUUGUGGGUACACUGGUAUCGGGGGGCAGCUGACGACGGUCUUCGACGCGCUGCGCGCGUGGGUCGAAAACGGCACGGCUCCUGAUGUUCUGCCCGUGCGAUUUAACGGGACCACAGGCGUCGUGCAGCACCGCAACCUGUGCCUAUAUCCUUUGAAUCAGGUGUACAAGGGGUCGGGUGAUCUGUCCAGCCCAGACAGCUUCCAUUGCGUGUGA